GUUCAAUGAAAGUCCAGUUUUUGUAAUUAUUGUGAUAAUUUAUUUUUAAUUAAAGGUUUAAUAGAGUUAUAAUAAUAAAAUGAGCUCUAAGUCAAGUUCCAAGAAUAAAAAUAAAAUGCCAUUCUCAUGGAGGCAAAGUAACAACUCUGAAAGAUUUCCUAAGCAAGCCGUCCAAGGUGGAACAGACGUUGGGGGACAUGAAAUUUUCGUUGGUCGUGCGAUGCACUGCGAUAUCAUGCUGCCUGCAAAAAUAAUUCCAGUCACACAUAGUGCUUCUGUUUCCUAUAAUGGUUCCGAGAUUCCAGUUCAUAACUAUGAAGUGCUGACAGGAAGAGCGAGAAGUUUUAAAUGGAUCCCAGCUUCAGAUGGAAAUGUUGCUCCCGGUGCCAUCUCUGUUGGUGAAUAUGGAAAUGAGCAUUUAUUCAUCGGUCGAGCUCCAUAUCAAAGUUCAAUGACAAUCGGAAAAAUCCAUCCAUCUCAUCGUGUCUUGUACAUUCCAUUUGGUGGAUACGAAGUUCCAUUUCAGCAUUAUGAGGUUCUUGUCUGUGCUCAAAAAGACAAAAACAAGAAAGACAGGAAGAAUAAGAAGAAGCGUGGUUCAAGUUCUUCAAGUUCUUACACAUCUAGCUCUAGUGAUACGAAUGAUGUUAAGAGGAAAUAAAUUCAUAUCCUUAAAACUUGAUUUCAUAGAAUUUUACAAUAAAUUUUCAAAAAUAAAAUAAAUAUUAAUUUAAACCCUUCAAGAUUUA